GUGCGUCAUGGAGAGAAACUCCUGCUCUUCUGUAAGGAGGAUGGGAAGUUUAUUUGCUGGCUCUGCGAGCGGUCUCAGGAGCAUCGUGGUCACCACACAUUCCUGGUGGAGGAGGUUGCCCAAGAGUACCAGAAGACUCUCCAAGCAGCUCUGGAGAAGCUAAGGAAGGAGCAGCAGGAAGCUGAGAGGUUAGAAGCUGACAUCAGAGAACAGAGAACUUCCUGGAAGAAUCAAAUACAAAAUGAAAGACACAGUGUCCAUGAUGGUUUUAAACAACUGAGAGGUAUCCUGGACAGUGAGGAGCAGAGGGAGCUGCAAAAGCUGAAGAAGGAUGAGGGAGAGGCUCUACAUUACCUGGCAGAGGCUGAGAAUGAGUUGGUCCAGCAGAACCAGUUGGUGAGAGUUCUCAUCUCAGAUCUGGAGCGACGGUUAAAGGGGUCAACAAUGGAGAUGCUGCAGGAUGUGAAUGGCAUCAUGGAAAGGAGUAAGACCUUCACACUGAAGAAGCCAAAAACUAUUCCCAAGAAACAAAGAAGAAUGUUCCAAGUUCCUGAUUUGAGAGGGAUGCUGCAAAUGUUUAAUGAGCUGACAGAUGUGCGGCGCUACUGGGUUCACGUGAUCCUGGAUAUUCCUGAGAAUAAUCCAGAUAUUGCUAUUUCUGCUGAUCGGAGACAAGUGUUAGUUUGUAAAAAAAAAGCUACAUACUGGAAUUACUAUUGUAAUGACUAUAGUGUCCUGGGAUCACCUAUGAUCACAUCAGGAAAACAUUACUGGGAGGUAGAUGUAUCAAUGAAAAGUGACUGGAUCCUGGGGGUAUAUGGUAAAAAAUGUCCUAACUCCAAACUUAUGGGUUUUAUUAGACAAAGUAAGAGUUAUCAGCAUGAUUUCUUGAGAUAUCAACCUAAAUAUGGUUACUGGGUUAUAGGGUUACAGAAUCAGUUGGAAUAUAAUGCUUUUGAGGACUCUUCCUCCCCCGAUCCCUUGAUAAUAACCCUUUCCCUGAGUGUUCCUCCCUGUCGUGUUGGGGUUUUCAUAGACCAUAAUGCUGGCAUUGUCUCAUUUUUCAAUGUCACAAGCCAUGGGUUUCUCAUUUACAAAUUCUCUUCGUGUUCCUUUUCCCAGGAAAUUUUUCCAUAUUUCAGUCCAAUGAAAUGUGCUGCCCCCAUGGCACUGUGUUCUCCAAACUCUUAACCUUUUAUACCCUCACCCACUUCUGUGUGUGCCUCUGACCUUGGGUGCAUCUAAUACACUAGGUUAUCUGCACCAUUCUAACCAUAUUUUCUUUGCUGCCCUCCUUUAUUCCAUUUAUCAACAGAGUAUACAAUUUGCCUUUGUCAUAUUUUUCCUAAUAUCCUGUUUGCAUUAGUAGAGAAUCUUAAUUCAUCCUUUUUCGCACUCCCAGGGAAAGUGACUAAUGCUUUAAAAUGAAAGACCAGUAUUAAAGAAUCACCUCUCCCCAAUUUUUACAAUCUCAUGUCCUCUGUCACUGACUGAAAAGAUGAAGGAAAGCUUUUCGACUAGUUUUGUAUAUUAUUGAAGACCUUGUAUAGGAAUCAUUCACUACAAAAUUUGUCGUCAGGGAAGUGUCUGUUUACCCAUGAUGAUCCUUAUUCAUCAAGGAGUGAAGGAGAAAUUUUCAUAAAAAAUAAUAUGUACUAAGUGGAAGCUUUGUGUCCACAGUGUCUGAGUUCAAGUCUUGUCUCUCCAAAUAUCUACAGUGUAACCCUGAAUAACACUCGAAUGCUGACUUUAUUUUCUUAAAAUAAUCCUGGUAUAAAAACUGCAGUCUUGUGAGGAUCAUGGUGAGAAGAUAAAUGUCAUUAAGUAUGAAAUAUCUAAGUGUCACAACUUAAUAAUAAAUAUUUGCUCUACUAGUUAC